CCGUGUUCCCUGCUGUUAUCUAGUUUGCCUGUCAAACUAGUAGAUCCACAUCGGACCCCCAUUCGGUGUGUUUCCUUGUUUCUCUCCACUUGGACUCACCUCGCAGUUUGCAUUCAUAAAGAACCGGCUGCCAACCAACACAAAAUCCCGCCCUGCGUCCUCCACACUCCUUUCGUGCGCCUGUUAAGCUUCACUUCAAGCUUGUGUCACUCUUUGGCUCUUACAUUUUGCAUAACACAUUCUUUUACACAAAUCUAACUCCUGCAUUGCACGUCACUCCACGCAGCAAUCGUAGCAGUUCGAACGAGGAAAACAAAACAAAACAAAAAGCCGCAACCUUUGUCUCAAUCGACUCAUUGUUCAAGCCUCGCGCACUACCUUUCGGCAAUAUUUGCGACUCUGGACGACUAUCUCGGAAGCUAUUAACAACAUCAAAAUGCGUGCCUCAUCCUUCUUCGUGCUGGCUGCCAGCGUCAUGACAAAUGUCAUGGCAGACGCCACCUCCACGAGUACCUCUACCUUGACCGCCUAUGUUACUAUAUCGCAAUGCAACCCAACCAACACUGCCUGUCCACUAUAUAGUACCUCAAGCUCUGCUCCUGCGACCACGUCUUCCAGCAUUUCUAGCUCCAGCAGCUCAUUACCUUCAUCUUCCCCGUCAUCGACAUCUUCUUCGACUUGGUACCCGACUUACAACACCACCACCAGUGCCUACUACGCAACCACAGGCUCUUACCACAACACUACCUCGACCAAGGCCCAGUCGUCCACUGCGGUCACUUACUUGACUACAGCCAAGGUCACCACGACUGCUACUCAGACCCCUGCUACAAGCGCAACCUCCGCUGUACCCACCAACGCUGCUGUCUCCUCCACCGUCAAUUCCGGACUUAUCGUGGCGAUUGGAGCAGCUGUCAUGAUGCUCGCAUAGGCGCACAGCAUCUGAGCGCUUCUUUCCUGCGAUGCGGUCAGAUCAGCGGAUGGAAGUAAGCUUAUUUGGAAUGCUGCGGCAGAGACACAUGUUGCCAAAUAUGGCCUUCUUAGGGAGCAAGGCCAUACCACAAUACCCGGACCACUUGGUUCCUUUCUCUUCGCGAUACCAUAAUUGUUCUUCUGGGGAUGAGUUGCUUGGAGUAAUAUCAUGGUGGAACGUUGGAUACGAUUUACAUGCAUUACCGCAUUACGAACCUUGAAGCGUGUUUAUUUGUCAAAGAUUUGGCGGCGGAUAAUGCCGGUUCAUAGAGAUCUUGGGGACUUCAACGAUUCUUGUCGCAUACAUUAGACGUGCGACAUCUCGUCUCCUCAAAUGAAUAUUUAGUGAUACAUAUCAAAGAA